UCUGCCAGAAAUACAAAUAGAAGAAGUCGCAGAGCUGCUGGCUAAAGUUGCUAACUAACACGGAAGCAACACAGCGUGCGAACUGUUAGCAUUCAAUCCACAAAAGAAGGCGUCUUGACGCGUUUUAAAAAGCUUUCAGGCUUGGAUCCAAGGGUCUGUGCUAUUUUUCUUGCACUCAUCAUUUUCAACUAUCAUGACUGCAUCCAUGGUUUAGAGUUUUAUUUUUGUCUAAAUUAAGGAAUUGGAGGUGGAUGGACUAAGUUUCGGAUUCGAACUAGGAUUGCGAAAUCAAGAAGUGAUCUUAAAGUCUGCAGGUGCCCUUCAUUCUGUGUCAGCAGUGCCAGUCACUCAACGACCAUGUCGGAUGGCCGGAUCUAUGUGGGGAAUCUUCCUGUGGAUGUCCAGGAGAGAGACAUUGAGGACCUCUUCUACAAAUAUGGAAAAAUCCGGGACAUUGAAUUGAAGAACAAUAGAGGCACUAUCCCGUUUGCCUUUGUCCGUUUUGAAGACCCACGGGAUGCAGAUGAUGCUGUCUAUGGAAGGAAUGGAUAUGGAUAUGGAGACUCCAAGCUGCGUGUGGAGUAUCCUCGAUCCUCUGGUGCUAAAUUUGGGCCUAUGGGAGGAGGAGGAGGAGGAGGUGGUGGAGGAGGAGGAGAAAGAGGUGGAGGAGGAGAAAGAGGUGGUGGAGGAGGAGGAGCUAGGGGAAGAUUUGGACCCCCAACUCGAAGAUCUGAAUUCCGGGUCAUAGUGACUGGGUUACCACCAACUGGAAGCUGGCAGGAUCUGAAGGAUCAUAUGCGCGAGGCGGGAGACGUUUGUUUUGCAGAUGUGCAGCGUGACGGAGAGGGCGUGGUGGAAUUCCUCCGUAGAGAGGACAUGGAGUAUGCAUUACGCAGACUUGAUGGGACUGAGUUCCGCUCACAUCAAGGAGAGACUGCCUACAUCCGUGUUUAUGAGAAGAGGGGCACUCCCAACUGGAAUCGGUCACGUUCCCGCUCCAGAUCCAGGGGUCGCUAUUCACCUCCCUACCAUAAUAGAGGAUCUCCCCCUCCACGCUACCAGUCGCCACCACGGCAUGCAAUGUCACGCCAUAGUCCUCCCCCCAGGAGGCACCCUCCCCAGCACCAUAGCCCGCCACCGCGUCAUUACCGGUAAAAAGGCUCGCCAUUUAUAGAGGAAUUGGGGGAAAAUGUUUUGUAAUUCUACUUUUUAUUUUAAUUUUUUAAACCCCAGGCCUCCUCGUAGGAUAUAUCAUUAUAUCUCGCUACAUACAUUCCAUGGUCAUGAUCACCUGAACAACCUGUUUCUCCCCACAGCCUUAAAGAUUUUCUUUCUUUGCUCUGUAAGCACCCAUAUGUGUUAUCUGGAGUCGGUAUUGUAGAAUUUUGAUUGGAUUUUUUUUUUUUUUUCUCUCAGCAAGGUUGUUGUAUUUGAUUGUCAUCUAACACAUUGGAGGUUUCUUUUAUAAAGAAAUCUUGGGUUGUGAUGUAAAACCUUGACAGGAAUGGUAAUGUUGAUUGUCCGAAACAAAUUACACAGUUCUGCAGCUACCAGGCUGAAAGCCACGCUGCUUUUUAAAUUCUUGACAAGCUUUUCCAUAUUGUGUGUCGCAUUUCUGUAGCUUUAAGUAUGAAGUUUUUUGCCAAUCUUAAGAACCUGUGAAGCUAAUCAAUAUCCUCCUAUGAUUCAAAACAUGUUGAAUUAGUGAGCCAUUUAGAGUAGUGACACAUGUUGACUGUGAGCCUCACCCGUCAGAUUUUUUUUUUUUUUUAAUGUGUGAACCUCUGACCGAGGUGGCCUGUAGGUGGACUUUAAUUUGUAUGCAUCUCUGUCGUUUAUUUUGUGGGUUUUUCUUUUACCAAUAAAAAUGCAAACUUUUA